CACUUAUUCUCAUCCCCAACCAUCUCCACUCCUAGCUAUCUUAAAACAUAUCAGACAGUCUCUAAUAGAGAUGGCAAAAAUUAGCAUGGUACAAACCUUUGUUAGACUUGGGUUGCUCACACUAGUUUUGAUUGGGAUGAGCCAAAUUGUUGGGGCUCAGGUUGAAACUGAGCUCAAGUGUUCUGCAGACAAGUUCUAUAAUUUGUUUAGGCACGAUAUGAUGCAUUUGACUACAAUUUUCCCUCAAUUUUACAAGAGUGUCAAAAUUGUUAAAGGUGAUGGUAAAAGCAGCGUGGGAAAUAUUAGGGAAUGGCGAUAUGUUACACCAGGAUCGUCAAAAGUAACAAUGGCUAAGGAAAUUGUUAAAUCAGUGGACGAGGACAAUAGGUCAAUCACAUUCAGUGUUGUGGGAGGAGACUUAUUGACUCAAUAUAAGAGUUUUGAUGUCACAAUGACUGUAACUCCUAAAGAUGUUGAUAGUAUUGAAGAGUCUGGUAGCAAAGUGAAAUGGUGGAUACAGUAUGAGAAACGAACCGAAGAUGUUCCUAGUCCAGAUGCAUAUAUUGACCUUGUAGCUCAUGUUACUAAAGAGUUGGGUCACUACCUUCUCCAAUAGUAGCCUACUAGAAGACCGACUGAAAAGCGGGUACUUGGAAUGGGUUGUUUUCUUUCGCGUGUUGAUGGUGUCUCCGUAUGAAUUUGCUAGGGAUCCCUAGUUCAUAUGUAAUGUGUUGUUUCCUUUUCUUUUCUUUCCUUUUCUUAGGGUGCAUGUAAUUAUGUGUGUAAUAAUGUACUAUGUGCUUUGCUAUUACCAUCUUCCUCUUGUUUGUUUCAAGAA